CAUGAACGAGCCCACAUAGAGAGUAGUAGUAGCGGAGCCUCAGUGAGCAGCAUUAGACUGUAGCACUUAACUCUCUUUGUGCCGGGGAGAACCCCACCGCAGGAAUACACACAGAUGUUCUGACCUUCAGGACCACGGAGGGGCGACCUCUUGAACUCGGCUGUACAAGAGACAUAGCGGAGACGUGUUAGCGGGUGUUUUUGGCCGCGUUUAGCUCGGUUUGUUGGUGUUUUUCGGGGAGGACAGGUGGCCACGUCCUUCAUCCUCUCUCUUUCUCGGGUCUGGAACUAGCGUUAGCCGCUAGCCGCUGUUUUGUUGCGCCGGCGCUUCGGGAAAAAAAAAAACCUUACACACUAGGAGGUUUCACCCAGGAAUGGAUACUGGAGUCGCCACUGAAAAGAAAAGGGUGAGCUCAGAGCGCAGGAAGGAGAAGUCCAGGGAUGCUGCUCGAUGCCGCAGGGGGAAGGAGUCUGAGGUGUUCUUCGAACUAGCAAAUCAGCUGCCUCUGCCCCACAAUGUCACCUCCCACCUGGACAAGGCCUCCAUCAUGAGGCUGACCAUUAGCUACCUGCGCAUGAGAAAACUUCUGAGCUCUGGUGAUGCAGAGAAAGAGUCUGAGCUGGAGAGUCAGCUCAAUGGCUUCUACCUGAAAGCCUUGGAGGGCUUCCUUAUGGUGCUUUCUGAGGAUGGGGAUAUGGUCUAUCUCUCAGAAAAUGUCUGCAAAUGCAUGGGCCUUACACAGUUUGAUCUGACUGGCCACAGUGUUUUUGACUUUGCACACCCUUGUGAUCAUGAGGAAAUGAGGGAAAUGCUGGUGCACAGGACAGGGUCCAAGAAAACCAAGGAGCAAAACACAGAAAGAAGCUUCUUCCUGCGCAUGAAGUGCACACUCACUAGCAGAGGACGUACUGUCAACAUAAAAUCUGCCACAUGGAAGGUCCUCCACUGCACAGGGCAUGUGCGUGUUCAGGAAUCUGGUGAGGGUUCUGCAGACUGUAGCUUCAGAGAGCCUCCCAUUACUUAUCUGGUGUUAAUUUGUGAGCCCAUCCCCCAUCCCUCCAACAUAGAGGUGCCUCUGGACAGCAAAACUUUCCUAAGCCGUCACACCCUGGACAUGAAGUUCUCAUAUUGCGAUGAGAGAAUCACAGAGCUGAUGGGCCACGAGCCAGAUGACUUGCUUAAUAGGUCUGUGUAUGAGUACUACCAUGCUCUAGACUCUGAUAACCUAACCAAGACACAUCAUAAUUUGUUCGCAAAGGGCCAGGCUACAACAGGCCAGUAUCGAAUGCUGGCUAAGAAGGGAGGCUAUGUGUGGGUUGAGACCCAGGCGACAGUAAUUUAUAAUCCCAAAAACUCCCAGCCACAGUGUAUUGUGUGUGUCAACUAUGUUCUCAGUGGCAUUGUGGAGGGAGAUAUGAUCCUCUCCCUAGAGCAGACAGUGACUGAGCCAAAGGCUGUGGAGAAGGAGGAGAAACAAAAGGACAAAGAAGAGGAAACUGAGGUGGACAUGGAUUCCUUCAAGCAGGAGAAGCUGACAUGUUCUGUGGAGAGUCCAGAGAGCCUCUACGAGAAACUGAAGGAGGAGCCUGAGGCACUUACAGUGCUGGCUCCUGCUGCAGGAGACACCAUCAUCUCACUGGACUUUAACAGCUCUGAGUCUGAGAUGCAGUUGCUGAAGGAAGUGCCCCUCUACAAUGAUGUCAUGCUGCCCUCUACCAGUGAGAAACUUCCUCUGCCCCUGUCUCCACUGGCUCCAAGUGAGCCCCCUCCAGCUUUGGACAAACUAGAGACUGGAGGAGAGGAAUUCGCAUUUCCUUCUACUUCUCACCGCAGUGCAGAUGCUGCAAACACUCCUUCCACACCAUCUACUGGGUCCAGCACUUCGGCGCCCAACAGUCCAAUAGAUUACUGUUUCCAAGUUGAUUCAGACAUUGGUUCAGAGUUCAAACUGGAUUUGGUUGAAAAAUUGUUUGCUAUUGACACUGAGGCCAAGACCCCAUACAGCACUCAAGAUAUGGGUGAUCUCGACCUGGAGAUGCUUGCUCCCUAUAUUCCAAUGGACGAUGACUUCCAGCUGCUCAUCCCCUCUCCGCUGGACCCCCUCCCCUCUGGACCCCACACAGUCUCAGACAUGAGCUCCCUGUUCCAGCCCUUACCCACUCCUUCAACUACAGCUUCUAGCCCUAGCAGCUCUGUAUCUCAGGAGUCCUCUUCCCGUGUUCCCUCACCCCUUCACAUGCUGCAGGAGGUACGCAGCGCCCCUGUCUCACCCUUCAGUGGUAAUCGAAGUCGUGAGGCCUCCCCAGCUCGUGCACCCACCCCACAGGGGAGCAGGACCCUUACAACAGGGAUGUCUGCGGUGGAUCGAGAGCUGUCACCAAAGGUGUUAGCCAUCCAGAAUGCCCAGCGCAAGAGGAAACUGGAAGAGGUUACCUCACUGUCCCAGGCUGUUGGGCUGGGUGCUUUGCUCCAGUCUGUGGAUGAUGCAAUAGAACCAGGAAAAAGAGCCAAAGUACUGGAGGUUAAAGGCUCUAGUUUGCUUGGUGGGAACAAGACCAUUCUUAUACUGCCAUCUGAUGUGGCCAGUCGGUUGUUGUGCAGCUCGUUUGAAAGCAGUGGAGGGUUACCUCGGCUGACGCGCUACGACUGUGAGGUCAACGCUCCCGUUCAGGACCUCCAUCCUUUGCUACAGGGGGAAGAGCUACUGCGUGCUCUGGACCAAGUUAACUGAGCUAUGCUCUGCUUUACAAUACUGGACACUGCAUCCCCUCUACCUUUUACCCAUUGUCACCUUCUAAAGUAGAAGAACGAAGGCCCCGUCAGCCUUCAGUCCCUGGCAUCUGACAUUUUCGUAAUAUGUAUUUUCCACAGCUUGUUGAUUUGCUCUCUGCCAACUUGAUCCUACAUGUUUCAUAGUUCAGAGGGCUUCCCUCCCACUAGUGGCCUGGUGGACAAACUUUGAUUUUAAUAUUUAAGUAUUAGAGGUAGUUUUCUCUCUUGCGAGUGGAGACAAAGAAGUAUAAUCUAAAAUAGUGGUGGAGACCAGUAGAGACUAAAGAGCCUUAAUGCUAAACGCACAGUCCCCUCAACAUAAAUGCUUACUUGUCCCACCCCCUCUGGAUCCCAUUUAUUGCUGCAGAACUCUUCCCUUAUUUGUGCUCUCCUUUUCCCGCCCCCUUCCUAAGCAGUGUGUAUUGUAGCUAAAGUCGCACAAUGAUCUAUUUUCUUAAGACAGAAUACCAGCAGUUCAUGCAAUAUACAAAACCAUUUUUACAAAUAUGUACUUUUAACUAAAAGAAUAACCAUGUUAUUUUUCUGUCUGUUGCUUUUCCUCAUUUAUCUUAUUUGUUUGAAAACGGUAACAUUAAAGAGUUGUAUGUGUGUUUAUUCAUAGGCUACAUGGUGUAUGCUUACAUUCUUAUUGCUGUGGACAUAUUUACAUCAUAGAUCACCAGUUCAUCAUAGAAUGGCACAGAUGAAUUGUAAAGGCACCAUUGAAAGUAAUCUUUGUGAAUGUGCAAAAGGGAAUUUUCAAAUGAGAUUUUUGGCAUUUCUGGUGAAAUGCAAAUGUCCAGGCGUUGGUUUUUAUCAUGAUAAGGCUUAAACAGAUGUAGAGUUUAAUGACGUGAUAGAUUUUUAUAUUUUAUUAGUCAUUGUUUCUGUGUAUCUUCAUUGUAGAUGCUGAGUAGUCUUUCUUGCCUGUCCAUUGUCAUACGGCAGCAUAGAUUUUAAUAUUAUGCUUAAAAAGCACAUCAUAUAGUGAUCAUGCAAAGCUGGCUUAUCAGUUAUUCAUGAUUUAAGUGUACAAUGGCAUCUAUAUAUAAAUAUAAAUAUAUAUAUAAUGCAAUGCUUAGAAUAGGCAUAAACAAAAAGGCAAUAUUUGUUUUCUUCAUGCUUUCUCAACAGUGACUUGCAAAUAUUUUAUUACCAUUUAUCUUAUUUUGCAUAGAAAAAUUGUUCCUUUCUGGUUGUCAUAUUGUAUUCUAUCGUUCAUUUAUUUCUGCAGUCUGUACGCCUGUAUUCCCUCAACACUAAAUGUAUUGUUUAUUGCAUAAUCAUUAAAGAACAAUUGUGGACCAGG